AUGACUUCGUAUCACUACCAUCUCAAGUUUGAGCUCUACUCAUCCCCAAAUCCUGAAGCUUUCUCGCCACCCGGAGGUAUAGGCGACGCCAACGACACCAUCUGGAUCCCUGCCGACGGUGACGCCCUCUUUGGCAACCUCCCUUCCCAUCCCCGCAGUAGAGCGAUCGCGAAACCGGCCGCGCCGGCGGACUGUGGCGGAGUCGGGCCUCAGCAGCACGCGCAAAGAUUCGUCGUCGAAGACUACAUCCCGCCAGAGGAUCGGCAUCACAUUGGCUCGACUCAGCAGGCGGCGGCGCUGUCAGGUUCACGGGUGGUUGAUUGCGGAACAUCGCGGCCGACCGCGCCGUCGAACCUGUCGUCCUCUGGAGACACACAUCACACCGCGGACACGGCAGAUCGGCAGCGACGGCCGCUGCAGUGGCGGGCCAGAUCUCAAAGCUUCCCUCCCCCGAGGUUCGACGCUGGCCUCGGGCCUAAGACGGCGGCUCGGGACUGGCGCUUCGGCAGGUUGAAUAUCGAGAGUUUUGAUAUGGCUGGGGACCCGGCGCGCGGAAGUGGCGCAGGGGCAACUCAGGUCGCUUCCUCGCCUGGAGGCGGCGACGGGGAGGGGUCGCUGAUCACUCCGGCAGCGUCGCUCGGACCAACCCUUGGAGGCGCUGGACAGGCGACCAGAGCGCGUUUCACGCCACUCGAGACCAAGAACACGGCGGUGGGCUGGGGCAUCGUGCACCUUUACAGGGAGGGCGGCGGUGGGGGCGCGGAUGGCGCGCUCACCACAGGCGAAGAUGGCAAGUCCAAAGGCACAGGCACAGGAGACGACGAGGGAACGAUCCUGUGCGUCCCUGCGGUGCCAAGCUAUCUAUCUCCGAGCGACUUCGUCGGGUUCGUUGGCGAAACGUGGCGUGGCGAUGUGAGCCACUAUCGCAUGGUUAUGACGAGCCGGACGAACCGCUAUAUGGUUCUCAUGAAGUUCAGAGACCCUGAGCGGGCCAGGGAGUGGCGUACCGAGUUUGAUGGGAAGGUCUUCAACAGUCUCGAGGCGGAGAUCUGCCAUGUCACGUUUAUCAAAUCGAUCACUGUCGAGACACCGAGAAAACAGCCGCUAGCCCGCUUUCAGGACCCAUCGGGCUCCGUCUCGAACUCGCUACGGCCCUUCCCACCACCGACCGCCGAUCUUGUCGAGCUGCCGACCUGCCCUGUCUGCCUUGAGCGCAUGGAUGACACAACAGGCCUCAUGACCAUACUCUGCCAGCACGUGUUUCACUGCACCUGUUUGCAAACGUGGAAAGGGUCUGGGUGUCCCGUCUGCCGGGCCACGAACCCUUCUCUGCUCGGAUCUGCCGGCAGCACGACCGACACGGGACCAUCCCAGUCCUCGUCCUCAGCAACGGCGACCGACAGGAGCAGCGGCGGCCAGUACCCGGAGCCUUUCGGCGCGGGCGUUUCCAACCUUUGUCGUGUAUGCGACGAGGCUGAGGACCUGUGGAUCUGCCUCAUCUGCGGUAACGUGGGGUGCGGCCGGUACAGGGGUGGACACGCCAAGGACCAUUGGAAAGAGACGGCACAUUCUUUCAGCCUUGAGCUGGAAACGCAGCACGUCUGGGACUACGCGGGGGACAUGUGGGUGCACCGACUCAUACGUGAGAAGGGAGAGGGCAAGGUAGUGGAGCUACCGGCGGGGUCGGUGGGCGUGACCCCGGGAACCAGAAACAACCAUGGCAACGCGGCACAGCAGAGGGGCAAGGGUAACGAAGGGGGAUGGGACGAGAGGGGAGGUCCGGAGGGACAGAAUCAGGGCUACGACGAUGACGUAGUACCUCGAGCCAAACUCGACCGGAUCGGGCUCGAGUAUACGCAUCUUCUAACAAGCCAGCUCGAGUCUCAGCGCGUCUACUUUGAGGAGCUCGUCAGCAAGGCGGCUGACAAGGCAGCCAAAGCGGGGGCAGCAGCCGAGGCGGCAGGCAGCGCCGCCUCGGACGCCCUGCGGCAACUCUCCGAGGUACGGGCGGCGCAUGCGGCGCUGAAACGCGAGGUCAUACCCUCCCUCGAGCGAGACGUAGAGCGCGAGCGGCGGCGGGCGGACAAGGCGUCGGAGCUGGCGCGGUCGCUCGGCCGGACACUACAGGAGGAGAAGAAGGUUGGGGAGGGGCUGAUGGAGCGGAUAGGGCACGUCAAUGGCGAGCUCGAGGGGCUCAGGCGCGAGGUGGAGCAGCUUAAGGUCGAUAAGACAGAGCUCGAGGAAAUGAACCGCGACCUGACCAUGUUCAUCUCGGGGCAGGAGAAGCUGAGGGAGCUCGAGAACGAGGGCAAAGUUGAGGCUGGCGAGCUGGAAGCGGGCUCGGCGAGCGUACCGGCGACGGCCGAGGAGAGGCGGAAGGGGAAGGGCAAGGGGCGGGCCAAGAGGUGA